UAUUUACAUUCAGUCUGUCUUAUUUAUUGAAAUAUUUACAUUAAAUUUCUUAACCAAAUAUACCACAGUAAUUCAACAAAAUGUCGGCUUCCUUAGAUGCAUCUUUAGAUCCUAUGGAGGAGAUUCGUUUUAGAAAAAAACACGGUGGAUUAUGGGCGGAAAUUCAAAAGAGUACACAUUUUACCUUCGACGAGCUAGAAAAUAUCAUGGUCAUAUUUUUUAAAAUACAAAAGAGGGAUGAUAAACCAGCCGCGUCGGAUCUUAUAUCGAGAGCUCACUUUAGAGACGUGUUACACACCGGUCUCGGUAUGACAGAUUCGUAUAUGAUGGAGAGAGUUAUGGUCGCAUUGGACCGAGGCACAUCGCCCUACGUGACGAUGGCGACAUUUGCUAAAGCCAUGUCACUCUAUCUACGCGGCAGCUUGGAAGAGAGAAUCACUUAUGCGUUCACUUGCUACGAUUUAUUAGGGGAGGGUUAUUUGCGUCGGGAAACGAUGUAUCAAUUAAUGAAGAAGAGCUUAGCGAAAGCUUCAAGGGAUGACGAUGUAGAAGAAGCGGUUAAGGAACUUGUUGAUAUAAUGUUAAAACGGAUGGACGCUGAUUUGGAUGGAGUGAUAAAUUUCAACGAUUUCUAUGUUUCUGUCACCAAAACUCCGUCUCUGCUGGAAAGUCUUGGUUAUUGUUUGCCUGAGAGGCCAGCUGUAUACGCUUUCGUAUCUACAUGGUGUCCCGCCUGGAAAUCUAUGUGAAGACAUAAUGUAGAUUGUUCAAUAAAAUUUGGAGGACGCGAUCUUUGGAACAAAUUCAUUACAAAUACAACGCAUCGACGCAUUAACUGACUGCUUAGAAUAUUGUGCAUUUCGUGUUGUCGGAUCCAAUGCCGCUUCCAUAACGUUAACGGUUCAGUUAUUAGACAAUAGAGAAAUGGACUAGACAAAGAACUGUUGUUAUAUGAAGUAAAUUCUGAAACGUUUCGUGGCGGGUGAACUGAAUAUGAAAAUGACACAUGUGCAUGUCAUGUUGGCAAGUUGAAAUGACUUUAUGCAUGAUAAGUCAAAAAUUUAACAUGUAUACUUACAUACAAAACAAGCAUAAAAGCAAACAACUUUAGAAAUUAUUGUUUGUUUUAGAGGAAUUUGCGCGCUUGACAGGUCUUGUAACUUAAUAAGCAAACAUUUAUCGUCGACCUUAACUGACAACAGCAUAACCAAGUUUAAUUACGGGUUUUGUGCUACUAAAAUGUUAUUGUGGUCUACAUUGUGUUUCAUUUAAAUUGCUUUGAAAUUAUUAACGUCGGCGUUACCUGAUUCAGGAUUAUAAUCCUGCAAGAAAGCUUGACUUUGACAACAGAGAAAGACGAUCAUGAGAAAGAGUCAAUGACUAUGAUAAGUAAUAUGAAAAAAGUGUCUCAACAGACAGAUAUACGGACGUACAACAUAGUGAUCCUACAAGGGUACAACAGCUACUAGUCGUGGCGUUCACUCUUCGUCGUUCGUCUGGUGGGCGCCCCGGCAACACCGCGAUGAUUGGGUUCGAGAUGGAUACGAAGCGAUAACCCUUUGAAAUAUAUGUACAUUUCUUUAACUCCGCUAUUAUUUAAAGUUAUCUUGUACCUAUCUUUAGUUACUGUAAACUUGUAAAUUUUAAUAUAUUGUCAUAAUAUAAAUAUAUGUAUACCUGUUGUGAGUAAAAUGACAUGUACAUUUUUGAAUUACGUCUGGAGGACAAAAAAAAAAUCGACGGCGGCCUCGUUCAGAGCUGCGCAUCGAGUGUGAAGUGAUUGAUUAAAAUAUUAUUAUGGAUGAUUAAUGAUAAAACACAGCCUUUGUCCUUGUACACCUAUAUAAUACUUUCUGAAGAUUUAUUACCAAUAUUAUGCUUUUUUAUCUUUAUAAUUUAGUAACCUUCGCUUAAUAAAAUCGGAUAAUAGAUGUAAACAAAAAUUGAAUAUAA